UGGGGGUUCGGUUCAGCCUGACUUACGGCUCUGCUGAAAACUGCUUGGCUCCCGCAGAAGCAGAAGAGAAGCAGCAUCGGCUGCAGCUGCAGCAGCAGAAGCAGAAGCAGCAAGGGCUGCAGCAACAAGUCGGGACUUUCAGAGUAAUGCAACAGAAGGCUUUUGAGGAAAGCAGAUACCCCUGGCAGGAAUCUUUGGAGAAUGUUGCUGUGUGCCUGCCAUUCCGCUGCCCACGCUGUGGAGACCAUACCAGAUUUCGAAGCCUGUCAUCGCUGAGGGCCCAUCUCGAAUUCAGUCACAGCUACCAGGAAAGAACCCUCUUGACAAAAUGCAGCCUCUUCCCAUCCCUCAAAGACACAGACCUCGUCAGCUGUUCAGAACCCCUGAAACAGGGAAAAUUGCAAUGCAGUGGCAACGUGGUGAAGCAGAAACCCAGCUAUGUUAACCUGUAUAGUAUUGCACACGAACAUUCCCAGGACAGGAAGCCAUUCGAGGUGGUGGCAGAGAGACCUGUGUCCUAUGUGCAGACCUAUACUGCAGUUGACCUGCAUGCAGAUGCCCUGGAAGGCUUGAGGUCGAGUCCUGGGCUUCCCACCUCAGACACCAAAGCCUCUUUCGAGGCCCACGUGAGAGAAAAGUUCAAUCGAAUGGUGGAAGCUGUAGACAGGACCAUUGAGAAAAGAAUCGACAAACUCACCAAAGAGUUAGCCCAGAAGACUGCUGAACUCUUGGAAGUAAGGGCAGCUUUUGUGCAGUUGACUCAGAAGAAGCAGGAGGUUCAGAGAAGGGAACGGGCCCUGAACAGGCAAGUGGAUGUGGCUGUGGAGAUGAUUGCUGUGCUGAGGCAACGCCUGACAGAGUCCGAGGAGGAGCUUCUCAGGAAAGAAGAAGAGGUGGUGACUUUCAACCAUUUUCUGGAAGCAGCUGCUGAGAAGGAAGUUCAAGGGAAAGCUCGACUACAGGAUUUCAUUGAGAAUCUGUUGCAACGGGUAGAGCUGGCAGAAAAACAGUUAGAGUUUUACCAGAGCCAGCAAGCCUCGGGCCUCAGCCAUGACAUCAGUGAGCAUGCGCUUACAGAUAUCUCUUCAAAUAGGAAACCCAAAUGCCUAAGCCGAGGACACCCACACUCUGCUGGCGGUCACCUGGAUCUAAAGUCCCAUUUCCAUCCAAAGGGAAGGAGCUACCUGAAAAAAAGCCCAAGGAUGACAGAGGCCAGCAUGCAGCCGGCUAAAUCUAUUCAUGAGCAACCCGAGUCUCCAAGAGAACUCUGCAGACCGCCAAAGAAAGGGGAGUUCUUGGGGUUUAGCCGAAAAGGCAAUAUCAGACCCAAAAUGGCCAAAAAGAAGCCAGCAGGCAAUUGUGCACAUUAUUUGAAGGAUGGGUUGUUGUGUGAACCACUCUACAGGGCUUUGGGAAAUGUUUUAGGGUCUGACAAUAAUGUCCUUUCGGACAUUAUAAGACACAUUAUAAGACACAUGGAGAAAGCAAAGGGAAUGGCAUAUUUAAUUUGCAUUCAUACAAGCACCUGGAUUAACCAGACUAUAACAGACGUCAGUGUUGGUGAGGCAGAAUUUCAAUUCAGGCACAAUUUGAAUCAAGAGGCAAAUGACAGAAUAAAGUUUUUUAAAAAAAAAAAAGAAAGAAAAUGAAAGCAGCCAUCCGAAAUUGUUCAUAAAAUUAAGUCCCUGCUCCUGAAAUAAUUAGCUCUGUAUUGCAUUAUUGCCACAUGUGAGAAUAUAUAUACAGUAAACAAUAAAUAUCAGACCCAAGACUACCCAAGAUUUCAGAUACUGGGAAGAAAUUCAUCUGUGCCUGAUGCUCUCUUUAGUGGGGAAUGUAAACUCCUGUGAUAGCAGCAAAAUAAUGAUAAUUUUAUUUGCUUUUAACCAAUCUCCCAGUUCAUUUUAAUGCC